AAUCUCCGCAUCUCAAGCAAAGGACAAGCCUCGAGCUCAAAUCCAAAACCACGAAACGCUGAUCAGAUUUGUGUAUAUAAGGAGGCAGAUGGCACACGAAGCCUGUGUAUGGUUGUUGAAUACAAACCAUCUCAUAAGCUGUCGGUCUUCAAUCUACGGGCUGGGCUUUUGCGAGCUGACGAAGGGUCUAUGAAUAUUCCCGAGGAAGUCAUCAAUCGGGUCACAAUACCGACUGAUCCAGAGGCCAAGUUUGUGUACCACUCUGAGUGGCUGACGGCAGCAGCUCUAUCGCAAACGUAUACAUACAUGAUUGAAAACGGGCUCAAAUAUAGCAAAUUGGGUACGGGAGAAGCCGAUGUUUUCCUUCUCAUCAAGGAGGAAGAACCACAUACGCUCUACUAUCACCUCGCAGAACCCAACAUCGAAGCCGAAGCGCAGAGUGAGGUCGAUACUGUACUCUGUCGCACGGCAGUGAGCCAGACCCUAACCUUCUCCCUAAUGGCACUGGACUCGAAGCCUCGCAACCAAAAAUGGCGAAAUCAUACGCUAGAGACUGCUUGUAGGGCUGUGAUCGAUCACGAGACCAUCUUACAACAGAUACCCGCUGAAGAGAAGACGUUGACUCCUCCGCCCUCGGUCUUUCAUGCACGAAUCUAUCCUUUCGAGCGGUCGCCGAUCAUGCUAAGACCCAGAAAGUUACGGAAGGCAAGGAAUAGCUGUGGCUCUGUAAACAUAAUUGUACACGAAGAUCCACAGAGUCCGUCUGGCUCAUCGGAUGAGACCUCAGACAUUGAAACUCCAAGCAAGCAAAGGGCUCAUACGCACCAGUCUAAUGUCGGUCAGGUGCGUCCCGUCAGAAAAUCACAGGCAGCCGAAGAGAGCGAUGUCUGCCACCGCCAAUACUGCACACAAGCCUGCUUGUUAGGGCUUGUGCGAAAACGUCCCUUGGACGAUGCUUGUCCGAAUGUCAAUGCACAUCGUGCUCAUAAGACUGGCAACUACCAUGCUUUAGAGCAGAAAUCCCUUAUCAAACUUAUGUCCCGCCAACUCGCCGAAAACCCCGACAAUGGGUGUGAGCCACUUGGAAAACAAGGCGCCUGUGGGGCUCUGUUCAGACUGACGCUUGAAUGGUAUGGAUAUACUUUCGUUGCCAAAGGGACUGUGACGGCAUUCGAGGCUAAGUUGAAGCACGAAGGGUUGGUCUACCAACACCUGAACGAAGUUCAAGGAGAGCUUAUACCCGUCUACCUUGGGAACAUCUCUCUCGUCUGCCCCUACUUUCUGGACGUUGGAGUUAGAAUAGUUCACAUGCUACUAAUGUCAUGGGCAGGCGAGCAGGCACGCAACGAUUCGAUGUUAGCCAUGGGACGGGAUUUGGCUACGGAAACAAACAGGGCAGUUACAAAGAUGUUAGAUUGCGGAGUAGAGCAUCGCGAUGUGCGACCGCCGAAUAUUCUAUGGAAUUCUGAAGGUCGAAAGGUGAUACUGGUGGAUUUUGAGCGUUCAGAGAUUUUCUCGGUCUUUCAUGCACGAAUCUAUCCUUUCGAGCGGUCGCCGAUCAUGCUAAGACCCAGAAAGUUACGGAAGGCAAGGAAUAGCUGUGGCUCUGUAAACAUAAUUGUACACGAAGAUCCACAGAGUCCGUCUGGCUCAUCGGAUGAGACCUCAGACAUUGAAACUCCAAGCAAGCAAAGGGCUCAUACGCACCAGUCUAAUGUCGGUCAGGUGCGUCCCGUCAGAAAAUCACAGGCAGCCGAAGAGAGCGAUGUCUGCCACCGCCAAUACUGCACACAAGCCUGCUUGUUAGGGCUUGUGCGAAAACGUCCCUUGGACGAUGCUUGUCCGAAUGUCAAUGCACAUCGUGCUCAUAAGACUGGCAACUACCAUGCUUUAGAGCAGAAAUCCCUUAUCAAACUUAUGUCCCGCCAACUCGCCGAAAACCCCGACAAUGGGUGUGAGCCACUUGGAAAACAAGGCGCCUGUGGGGCUCUGUUCAGACUGACGCUUGAAUGGUAUGGAUAUACUUUCGUUGCCAAAGGGACUGUGACGGCAUUCGAGGCUAAGUUGAAGCACGAAGGGUUGGUCUACCAACACCUGAACGAAGUUCAAGGAGAGCUUAUACCCGUCUACCUUGGGAACAUCUCUCUCGUCUGCCCCUACUUUCUGGACGUUGGAGUUAGAAUAGUUCACAUGCUACUAAUGUCAUGGGCAGGCGAGCAGGCACGCAACGAUUCGAUGUUAGCCAUGGGACGGGAUUUGGCUACGGAAACAAACAGGGCAGUUACAAAGAUGUUAGAUUGCGGAGUAGAGCAUCGCGAUGUGCGACCGCCGAAUAUUCUAUGGAAUUCUGAAGGUCGAAAGGUGAUACUGGUGGAUUUUGAGCGUUCAGAGAUUUUGAAGCAGAUGCCGAUUCUCCAGGAGAUAUCGCCUAAUCGGAAGCGGAAGCAUCUGUACCUCGCCGAUACGGCAUCGUGUAGUAGCCAACAUCACCACCAGCGUUUCAUUAGUGCUGUUACAUGA